AUGAUCUCACAGUCAACAGUUAUGAGAAAGGUUUUCCAAAUCCCCUACUUUGCGUGGGUUGUUCUGUCUGGUGGCCUUGCUAUCAUAGUGCAGGCAGUGUCGAUUCACAUCCAUCUCACGCGAUCGGCCGUUUCAACUGUUUUCGUGACUGGGGUACAGGCCGUUGUUGUGGUUGGGACGACACUGGUGGUGUUGUGGGCGGCAGCGAUCAACGAUGUGCGCCGGCAGGCGAAAAAACGGAAGCACGAGGAGGACCCCGAGAUGCUUUCCGGUGGCGGUGGUGGGGUCCGCGUGCCGGACGACGCACGGGUCCCCCGUGCGUCGUCCCGACGCCGAAAAUCUUGGCGUUUUUCCUGCCAGCUGCCUCCGUUGUUCCGCUGGCGACUGCGGAGGUCCUGGAUGUCCAUGAUGCAGUCGUUUCUGCUGUUUCUGAACCUGCUGAGCCUGAUAGUGUCCGUGAUCGGGCUCAGCAACGAGAAGUUCUUCCAGUUCGACAACGUCAACAUCGACCGCAGGGGCCCCAAGGUCAUAUCUGCGGACAUCGCGGCGACCGUGUUCCACGCGUUUUUCACCGUAUGCAUGUGUCUCAUGAUUUGGUGUCCACUCAUGCGGAUCGCACGCCGGUGUCUGUUUUUCUGCAGCAUCUUCCAGUUCAUCAUCGGAACGCUCAUGAUCGACAUCAACCUGCGCCAGAUCAGUCGCGGGCCCCAGAAACCCAUAACGCGCGGCAUGUACUCGAGCCUGGCGUAUUUCCAGCAUAUGGGCGCGUUUGAAGUUGGUGCAGCCAUCUUCACGUUCGCCCUGUGCAUGAUCACAACCACCUCCAACAGGCUCACCCCAACGGUGUCGAGACUCGUCAAUUUUUUCGUCGCUCUUUCAUUAUUUUGCACCUGCUUGGACAUUGUUUACUGCGCGGUGGCCCUCGUGCACAUGAACGACUCUUACGACCAGAGGGUCUCCAAGUCCACUGUUUGUGGGAACAUUGUUCUGGGGUUUACGUGUUUUGUGGUUCACAUUUGUGCGCUCGUCGCAAGCAGGUUUCUGCAAAGCCGACCCAAGUCGCACCUCGCAGUCGAGGUUUUCGACAUGAAUUCGCUAACAGACGCCCAAGCAAAUGCGUUUGCCAUUCUGAUAAACACCUUUGGCAGGAACUUCCCAGGAGCCCCUAGUGGCGAAUCCGCCAUUUCUUUGAUGCGCGCCUACGCAGACGCAGAUAUGGAUGGAUUGAACUGUAAAGUGCUUCGUGUUUACAAGCCUGCCAAACACGAUAUCAAACCUGCUGGACCAACCGUUUUGAUAAACAGAGACGAAUACGAAGACCUGGCGUGGCAAAACCUUGAUCACAAGUUUGUACUGCCCAGUGACUCUGAUCUGUCUAUGGAACAAAUGUCGGUCAAGACUCUCAUCAAUUCUGCAGUAUCCGAAAAGACCAUACCGACUCAGCUUUCUAAAAAUCAAAUGAAGCGUUUGAAACGAAAGGCUAAUGCUGGUAAGAAGCGUCCUGUCGUGCCUUUCCCCCUGGAAAAUCCUCUUUCCCAAGAAGAAAUCAAUAAGGAAGUUCAAUUCAACGAAAUGUUGAUGUCAACUGAAGCCCUGGUUUUAUUGACUUGCAUUGAAAAGUACGAUUUGACCACAUCCUCAAACUCAAGAUUCUAUCGAAUCCUUCACAAAACUUUGGGGGGUGGAGCCUAUUUGUUUAAGCCAUUGGUGGUAAGAAUGGGUCUACUUGGCUUUCAUUGGCCCUUUAGACAAGCGACAUUCUAUUGUUCACCAACGAAAAGACCUGUUGCUAGAAGUGCGGCUAUUACACGGGCUAUUACAGAGUGGAAUCAACGUUUGCCAAGAUCCCAGCGCUGUUCCGUCUUAUUAGACCCAAGAUACGCUAAUGACAGCUCCGAACGAGCCAUAGUACCAAGUGGUUGUGAACGGGUACCACUACCGUCGACGCAUAUCAUAGAUUUGAGACCUUACAAAGGCAAAGAUCUAAAGGAGUACCUAAAGGCUGUGAAAUACCGUUCUCAAACGGGACCCUUCACGAGAGACAAUGGAGUCGUAGAAGAAACCUCGGACUUUUCCGAUGAAAAUUGUUCAGAAGUUUUGAGACUAUGGAAAAACAUUGCUGAGAAGAGACUUUCAGAUGGGAACACUUCGGUAAUGAUUGACCCUCAAUUCGACUUGAUAAAAUCGCUUGGCCAUUUGCACAAUACAGGAUCUUCUCGGCCCUUUCGGAGCCUGUUGUUUCUCAAAGUGGACGGUACCAACAUUGCAUCAUGUGUGUUGUUCAGAUUGGGUGAUACAAUAACUUCGGAUUUCCAAGGACUUGAUCAUGUCCUUGCGAGACGCUAUAAGGCCUAUUUUGUUAUGAUGCAGCAAACCAUAGACAUCGCUCUAAGGGAAGGAAUUUCGUUCGUGGAUUUUGGUCCCACCACUGCCAAACCAAAGCUCGAUAUCGGCUGCCAAAGCAUACCCUUAAUGGGUGGAUUGUAUGCUGUCUCUCCUGCCUUGUCGUGCGCCAUUAGUGUUUUCGCCAAAAACGUAGAAAUCAACAAGUGA